AUGCCCCGCCUGAAUCUGAUCAAAGACAAGAAGGCAUUCGGAAGAAGAUGGGAGCCUAUGAAGUGGAUAUCUGGUCCAUCGGGGGAGCGCGGGACGGGGGAUGGGGAUGGGGAUGAGUAUGUGGGAGGAAGGGAUGCGGCAAUCUGGCGGCAUUUGCUCUUCGUAGUAAGAAGCGAGGAAUGCAAGGGUAGGCAACCAACACAUACUGGCUUUCAGCAGCCUACCACCGUCUACUUCCCUAUGUGUUCACCGGUCAUGCGAUGA